AUGUUAUCUACUCUGCUCUGCAUCCAUAUCUCUAUUAUUCUACAUCACUCUCUCUUCUACAAUCUUAUCUCCUCUCCUCUGCAUGUUUAUCACUUCUACAUCAAUAUAUACUAUGCUCUGCAUCUUUUCAUCCAUAUCUCAUCUCCUCUACAAAGUUAUCUCUUCUCCUCUACAUACUUAUUUCGUCUACAUCUGUAUCUCCUCAGCUCCACAUCCUCCUCUCUGCGACAACCUUAUCUCCUCUAUUCUACAUACCUCUCUCCUCUACAUCCUUAUCUCCUCUCCUCUAAAUCCUUAUCUACUCUAAAUCUAUAUCUCCUCUUCUAUUCAUUCUUAUCUCCUGUCUUCUUCAUACAUAUCUUCCUUCUUGUACAUACUUAUUUCCUCUACAUCCAUAUUACCCUCUCCUCUCUACAUCCAUAUCUCCUCCCCACUAUAUCCCCUUCUCCUCUACAUACCCUUCUCUUCUACAUCCUUAUCUUCUAA